GAGCUCUACAAUGUGUUUAUAAACUACAGAGCGCUGUUAUAUUGUAUUAUUUUGAAAGGUCCGGGUUGUAGUGUGGUAGGAGCGCGUUGUUUUAUCCGUUCAGACACUGAGGGAGAGCAGAGAGGAGCUGCUACUAAGCAGAAUCCUGUGUGCUGCCAUGGACAGUGUGAAGAUGGAAUCUGUCCAGAUUAAAGAGGAGUUCUCUGAACCUGAACUUGUCCCCUUUAGAUCGGAGGUCGCUGGGCUGGCUUCCCUCCCCAUUAAACAGGAGCUCUGUGAGAUGCAAUGUGACAGCAGUCAGCCACAGGUAGAGAUUAAAGCUGAGCACAGUGAAUUGGAGAUCUCUCAGACAGAAGAACCCCUUCCUGUGAAACAAGAAGAGGUGCUGGAAAUUAACCAUAUUAAACAGGAGCCCCCUGAAGUAGAGUUUGCCCACAUGGAACCAGGGAAGGAAGAAUCCGAGGACUUCAAACCAAACAUCCCUGAGCUGGAGAGAAUCUGCGUGAGAGAGCAAGGUGCUGGAGAGGAAGGCUCUCCCAACAGCAUGCAAGGAGGUGGAAAGGAAGACGGGCAGUCACAUUCAGAAUGCAGUCUAGCAGGUUCCAGUCCAGCAGCUAAAGCGAGGGCAGGCGGUGGAGAAUAUCCUGACUGUGGGAAAGGUUUCACCCAGCGAACUCACACAGGCGAGAAACCGUAUUGCUGCACUGACUGUGGGAAGAGUUUCAGUCAGUCAAACAUCCUUGUUUUACACCAGCGAAUUCACACAGGAGAGAAACCGUAUCACUGCUCUGACUGUGGGAAGAGUUUCAGUCAGUCAAACAGCCUUGUUUUUCACCAGCGAACUCACACAGGAGAGAAACCGUAUCACUGCUCUGACUGUGGGAAGAGUUUCAGUCGGUCAGGCAGCCUUGUUUUACACAAACGAACUCACACAGGAGAGAAACCAUAUCACUGCUCUGACUGUGGGAAGAGUUUCAGUCAGUCAAACAGCCUUGUUUUACACCAGCGAACUCACACAGGAGAGAAACCGUAUCACUGCUCUGACUGUGGGAAGAAUUUCAGUCGGUCAGGCAGCCUUGUUUCACACCAGCGAACUCACACAGGAGAGAAACUGUAUCACUGCUCUGACUGUGGGAAGAGUUUCAGUCAGUUAGGAAGCCUAAAAGGACACCAGCGAACUCACACAGGAGAGAAACUGUGUCUCUUAAACAAGCCCUUCCAAAACACCAGUGAAUUCACAGAGGAGAGGAACCUUAAAUACUGAUUUGUGUAUCACUCUUAACCCUUUGUGGUCCAUUUAUUCAGCAUGUAUGUUUUGUGUAUCACUCUUAAGAGCAUGCAUUUUAAAUUAUAAAAAUGCAAAUCCACUCUCUUGCUCUCUGUCAAAGUGGGCAGAGACGCGGACACGUCACAAGAGGCUUCUCUGCUGUCAGUUUAACUCAGGCUGUCAAUGCAGUCAGUGCCUGGGAGUGGGAAUAUGCAGAAAGGAAACUAUUCCACACCUCAUCUGAUGGACGAGUCGGGAGAAAUCAAUAACUCAGUGUGGAAAUGAGUUUCAGGAUUUAACAUUUAAACUUCAUUAACUUGAAAAUAAAUAAAUUGAUGGGAAUGAGUAUCCAGACCCCUAAUGUAGCAUCCCAGAGACGAGACUGCAGCGUCCUUACUGGGCAACCGCCUGGAGGAUGGGUCUUGUAAAGUCAUCACGAUUAAAAAACGAAUGAAAACUGAUAGUGUUGCAUGACUGUAUUAUGACAUGAAUGAGUGAAUAUUGCGUGAUGUGUCGCUUUGCAGUGUGCAUUGUCCAUGCUUGUGUUUGUGUUGCUUUUGUAAAGUGCCCCGAGUAAUAGCAGUGCAGCAGGCAUGUGUACGGAUCUUGGGUACAGAAAGUCAUAGCGGUUUCAUCCCUGGCUCUUUCUUGCUCUUUUGCAAUAUCUUGCACUUGGUGACAAAUUCCCAAUGAAAAUGUAGCUGAGCUAUGACUAUUAAUCAGGGUUCGUACGCUAGUCUGGAGUCUGGAAAAAGUAUGGAAAAAUGCAAAACUGAUUUCCAGAGCUUGAAAAUGCUUGAAAAACCACGUCUCCGUUAUGAAAGUCUUGAAAAAGUCUGGAAUUUUACUACCAUCACGGGAGAAUGAAAAUGAUUCUGCGAUUACUUUUAUUAUUAAUAAUAUUUGAUCUCUAAAGCGGGUCAGCAGCUCUAGCAGUAACUGUCUAGACAGUUUACUAGUAGCAGCUAUGUUGCUUGUGACCAAAUUCCGCGAGGAUUGCCCCGUGUAACACCCCUGACAACGCCCUGACAACUCAAAAGCAAUCCUAUCCAGUCAGCGCACUGGUAUAUGUCACAUGACUGUCUGCUCCAGUGAAACGAAGGGUAAAAUGGACUCUACGACAGCCAAGGCUAUGAUUUUUUAAACACAGUUACAGACUGGAAUUACAAGCUGCUGUUCUCUGCUCACCGAGAUUCACAUUGUGUUAUCUUGUUGUUACCUUUAUUAAAUCGUUAAUGUUAUUUCCCAACCCAGGAAAAAAAAAUGUAAUACGAUAGUUAGGGUGUAUUCACACUGGGUUCAUUUCAAACGUCCUCAGUUCGGUUCGUUUGCUUUGAAGCAGUGUAUCAAUGUGCUAGCUGUUCACACUUGCCUUGUAUACAAACGUACUGAUUUUGUUUGGAAAUUAACUGGGGCUCGUUUUCGUGGUUCACUUCCGUGUUUUCCCAGGACUCAGUUCACUUGUGUUCAUAUUGAAAUAAUCAGGGCAGCAGUGUGGAGUAGUGGUUAGGGCUCUGGACUCUUGACAGGAGGGUUGUGGGUUCAAUCCCAGGUGGGGGACACUGCUGCUGUACCCUUGAACAAGGUACUUUACCUAGAUUGCUCCAGUAAAAACCCAACUGUAUAAAUGGGGAAUUGUAUGUAAAAAUAAUGUGUAAAAAAAAAAAUAAUAAUAAUAAUUGUAUGUAAAAAUAACGUGAUAUCUUGUAACAAUUGUAAGUCGCCCUGGAUAAGAGUGUCUGCUAAGAAAU